AUGACUAAUCCUCAAGAAAAUCCCGGAACUCCCCCACCAGUCUCCCCCAACACCUCAUCUUCAACUCCUCCUAGUGAACCCCCAAAACCCAGAUUUCGUCGCCAGAAAAUGUUAGCUAGAAAAACAGUUGCAUCUGGUCUUUUGAGGAAAGUCUUGAACGAAAAAUUACAGGCUAGUCAAAGGAAGGAAGUUACAACCAAAGAAAGCGACUCAAGCUCUGAAUCUGAAAAAUUUAUCUCUGCCAGUGAAGGAGAAGAACCUGGAUCUUCUGACACUGACAAAAGUCAAGAAACCCCAGGAGAGAUAAAUACUUGCUUAUUGUUUUCUGAUGCAUUAGAAAGGGAAGAUAAUAGGUUUGUUCUAGUAGGGUCUGUUAAAAAUAUUGAAGGGGCUGAAUCUAGUAAAAUGAGAAAGAAAAAGAAAGGGAAAGUUUUAGCUAUAUGUGGUAGUGGAGAAGAGGGAGGCAUGAAGUCAGGGGGAAGUGGGUCAGGUGAAGCUGCUGAGGGACUGAUAAAUUUGAGUGAACAACCAGAUGAACCUGGUUCAUCUGUGGAGGAGACUUUGGCAGAUAUGCUAAAGAAGGUUGAAGCCAGUUAUGAUCCAAAGAAAUGCAAGGCCUCCUCACAAAGGAUCCCUGUUGCGUCCAAACCAACUAAGAAGAGCAAAGUUUCAUCAGCUAAGUCUGCUGCACCUAGGGAAGUUCCCACUGUCAAAUCAAAGAGAACCAGGUCUUCUGCAAAGAAGCCUUUCAAGUCUGUACCUGUUGAAUCCUCUCUAGCUAAAAGAACUAGGUCAGCUGCAAAGGGAAAACAAGUACAAGUUGAAGAAGAAGAGGAUGAAGAGUGGAGUGAAGAAGACGGAGAAGAAGAGUCAGAACAGGAACAAGAUAGGUUUGUCAAUUUUGGCAAAAGAAAAAUUCUGAAGGGUAGAUUGCUCAAAGACCUGGAGGAGCCAGGCAUGGUAAGAUUGUUGACUUCACUGGAGGCACAAGGAUGGAAGGACAUGGUCCUUCAGAUGGAUGGAAGAUUGGCUAGGAAAGAACUUGUUGAGUUCAUGGCUAAUGGGACUGUGAAGAAUGGGCUAGUAAUCAGUAUAGUGAAGGGGGUGAAGUGCUUGGUGGAAGGAAAGCAGAUUAACUGGCCUGCUUUCAUUGUUAAGCUGCUAGACAGGGUGCUCAAUGGUUCAAACGCUCAUGCUAUCCCUUAUGGGUUUAUUCUGACAGCUGUGCUGGACAAGCUGAACGUUCCUUUGAAGAAAUGGAAAAUGGCUUCCAGCAAAGAGCACUUUGGCAUCAAGACUCUUCAGGAGGUAGGGACAAAGGAUGCUGAGAUUGCAAGGCUUCAAGCUCGAGUUGUUGAACUGGAAGAAGACAGAAAUGGGUUAAGAGCUGAACUUGCAAAGGAAAAAGAAAAGUGUGAAGGGAUGCUCCAAACUAUGCUUAAUCUGCUACAAACCCAAUCCUCUAGCUCCUCAAAGCCUUAG